AUGUAUUGCCAGCGAUGCUCGCGCUUCCAGGACGAUGUCGGAGCCUUGAUACGCCAGAAACGCCUCACUUAUGGAAAAGAUCAAACGGAGGCCGCAGAUGCAAGACCCCAGACAGCCCCAGACCUGUCCACUUACUGGCCAUCCCACGAAGCAGUUCUCUUUCACAAUUUAGAGGAACUCCGGGCAGCCUACAAUACCCCAUGCCCACUGUGUCGCCGUGUGUUCAAAUGUAUCGACCAGGGCGAUUGGGCUUCGCUCAAGACUUUCAAGGCCGUCCGAACCGUACUCAUGCUUGAAAGACUCAAGGGAAAGCCCACCCUGAAGGCCAUACUCGAUACUGAUCCGUCAAUCAAGUCCGUUCGCAUGACGGCUAGAAAUUUGGUCAAGAGCACGAGGAAGCUCAAAUAUCUGGGGGAGCACCUGGAGAGCUUGGAAGAUCGGGAUCCACUCAUUGGAAGGUUACAAGAAUGCGCAAGGUUGGAGAAUGCUUCUACAGGGUCAGUGGCGAGUUUAGAAAUGGCUAGGUUCUGGCUGGAAGAGUGUUUGGAGGGUCACCCAAACUGUGCGAGGGACAAUCUGGGAUGGCUGCCCACGCGUGUUAUUGAUGUUGGCGAUGCGGAUGGCAAGAAUCCACCUCGGCUGCUCGAGACGGCGGAUUUGCCAUCUUGCAAGUCUGAAUCGUCAAAUCCCCUCGUCUUUGUGGCUCUCUCGCAUUGCUGGGGCUCAAAGCAAAUCAUCACGACUACCACAUCUACACUCACAGACCGAAAAUGCAGCAUCGACUUUCGCGAUCUCCCCAAGACCUUCUAA